AUGGUUCACACUCGUCUGUACCAUCUGGUGGAAGCCAGGGGCAUCUUCAACCAUUCGCAGGCCGGCUUCAGGAAGAACAGAAGUUGCGAAGACCAGCUCCUGUGGAUGAUCCAGGACGUCAGCGACGGCUUCCAAGAGAAGAAACGGAGACGGACCGUCAUGGCUCUCCUGGACCUUUCCCGGGCCUACGAUAGGGUGUGGAAAGAAGAUCUCAUGCUCACCAUUAUCGACUCAGGCGUCCCUCUCAAGUUGGUGAGAUGGUUCAACGCCUUCCUCAGCAACAGGCAAUUCCGAGUGAUGUUCAACGGCAGCCUUAGCCGCACCAGAUUGCUGAUCCCCCUGCUGUUCAUCUUUUACAUCAACUCCUUGCCUGAUGAGAUCAAAGACCUUGUCAACGAUAGUCUCUUCGCUGACGACCUCACCAUCUGGUCCAGCCACAACAACAAAGAAGAAGCUAGCAGAUACGUCCAACUGGCUGUCCAGAAGAUCGAAGCAUCUUGCAAGAAGAAGAAGAUGCUCCUCAGUGAGAAGAGCGUGGUCAUUUUCUUCUCCUCUAGCUCCGGGGACGCCAGAUGGAAGCCGGACAUUACGAUGGGGGGUAACACCCUCAAGUUCGAUCCCUGCCCCAAACUCCUGGGGCUGGUGAUCAACAGGACCCUGUCCUUCCAGCAGCACGUCGACAAGGUGGUCGACGAGAUGGACAGACUCGACCGCGCCCAGAACCAGGCCCUCCGUCGGGUUACUAAGGAAGCCGUCUCCACUCCAGUUGAGGCCAUGCGUCUGGAGAGCGGCAUGCAGAGCUACCGGACCAUCUCUCAGAGACUCACAGCCAACUCCCGGGAGAGAGCCUCCAGGUGCCCCGAGGGCCACCCCGCUCGGAUCGCCCUGGAGAAGGACCAACCUCACGGGCUCUGCAGAGACAGCUGGAGAGAACUCAGCAACAGGAUCAGUUCCACCCUCCCCAACGAGCUCGCCGACAGGGAGCCCCUUCCCACCAUUGAGGAAGAGGUUUGGACCCCACAGAAACGUUGGCGGGUCAACAACACCGUCGGAGGCUUGGGACGCUCCGAAGAGACGAAACAGAAGGCGACCGAGACGAUUCGGAACAUCGACGCCACAUGGACCAUCUACACAGACGGUUCCGCCAAAGAUGGGACUAGGGACGGAGGCUCAGCAAUGGUUGUUACGACAGGUGACCCCCUCGACCCUCAAACAAUCUUCUCCGAGACGAUUCGCGGCAGGAUGCUCACCUCCUCGUUUGACGAAGAGAAAGAGGCACUGGGAGCUGCAGUUAGGUGGUUGGAGGAUAACACCCCUAACAACAGUGACAAGGGCCUUACUUGCACUGAUAGCCAAGCCCUGACAUCGGCUCUGGCAAACGACAGCAGAGAAGUGAGCAACAUCACUAGAAAACUUGACACGCUCAACCGCGAGAUCAUCCUUCAGUGGAUCCCUAGCCACGUGGGCAUUGUAGGGAACGAGAGGGCCGAAGCUCUGGCCAAUGAAGCCUCUGGGUUGAAGGAGAGAGCAAAACCAACCACCUACAAGAGCGCCGUAGCCACCAUCAAACGUACGAUUAAAGAUCCAAGCCCCUCUCACGCCAGAACAGCUCAAGUCUACCAAAAGCUGUCAAGAGAACGUGACGAAAAGACCCUUCUGUCGAGAAGAGACGCAGUCAUGCUAGCCAGGCUCCGCUCUGGACACAGCAUGCUCUUGGCCGGGUAUAGGACCCUGAUGAACCCCGCCGAGAGCCCCUCCUGUCCCAGAUGCGAGGAGGCCAACGAAACAGUGGAACACUGGCUCCUCGAUUGUCCGGGGACGCUAGCGGCCAGACAAGAAAUUUUCGGAGGCACGACGGUGGAAUUGUCAAUUCCCACCGAGGACCCAGAAGACUAUCGGCGCAACAUUAGCCCGCAGACUCCUUCGAGAGCAAUCAGAGCAUUACUGACGGGAGGAGGCGGAAAAUUGUUAAGAAUAGACAGCAGGUACACUAAGGCGUAUGGUCCAAGCGAGGUCAUGCUAAAUAUAGAUGAACUGAAUAACUAUAAAAAGACGAUGAUAAAGUGCAACGAGGACCUUCUGAGUCGAAAUUAUGUGGGUCAAGAGGAACUCGAAGUGAGAUCGAUUGGAGAUUGCGCCACGCUAGAGGAAGAUGCCAUGCACUUGUGUUCAGAAGCAUACGUGUCCGCUCAUGUAAUAGAUACAAGCGGAAAAAAGACGCCUUCAGAGGACUACUGGAUACGGGAGCUGUCUUGA